AUGAAGCUCAUGCAGCUUUUAGAUAAGAAAAAACUAGAAGCUUUAAAAAAAGAAUUUGAGUCAUUUCCAGAGGGACUUGAACUAUCCACAUUUAUCUGGUUAAUGUUAUGUGUUUUGGAAUUUAAGGAAGAUGAGAAAUUUGAGAUAGUGCAAGGUCUUGCAUAGUUAUUUUCAGAAGUUGAUAUUAAUGAUGAUAAACACAUGGAGUGGAGUGAAUUCACAUAAUACAUAAUAGAUUCUGUAAUGAUGAGAAAAGCUGGAAGAGAAGGGCCCAGAAGAAAGAAGCCUAAAGAAGAGAACUCAGACUAGAAAGAGUCGAUCCUUAACGCAUCUUUUGAAAUUGAUAUGCCAAAUGGAGGAGGAAUGGAGGAAGAAUAUGAAGAGGAGGAUUACGAGAGUAAUUUAAUGAAUGAUUCAUCUGGGCAAGUAUCAGUAAAGUAGGUAAAACCUAGAGGUAGGGGAUAAGCACAUAUUAUUCUGAGUCAGUCUGAUUACAGACAUUUUGAUCAUAGUGUGUCAAUUUUCGAUUAGAUUUCUCACCAAAGUCCAAUAAUAUAAAGUCAAUAUUGUGAUAGGCUCGGUGGAUUUCUAACAAUAGAAGAAUAUUCGAAAUAAGUAAAAAUUUACACCCCAAAUGGAACUGAAAAAGAUAAGAUAACUCUCAAUAAUGCAAAAUAAAAGGUCUUUGCUAUUGCCUUUACUUUCUCUGAUAAGCAUAAUUUGAUAGCCUUUGUAACUAGUGACUGCUCCAUUGAAAUUUUUGACUAUCAAAAUAAUGUUUUCAUUCGAUAUCUAAAAUAAAUUCCAACACCCUGCAUUCAGACAGGCAUAUGGUAUCUACCAAGACACGAUAUUUGGCUUUCAGCUGGUAAAGACAACAAAAUACAUUAAUGGAACAUUUCAAAGUAUGAUGAUGACCCUCCUUCUGCAAUGCAAAAGUAUAGCUUUGGAGGGCACACUGAUUAAAUCAUGGAUCUUGUUGAACUUAAAAUCCCAAAAUGCAUAGCGACAGCAUCUCUUGAUAAGACUAUUAGACUAUUCAACAUUGAGGAAAAGUACCUAAUCAAAGUGCUCUACGGGCAUGAAACAGGCAUCAGAAAAAUUAGCUAUAUUAGUAACUUUGGGGGUUUCUUUUGCAGUGUUGGCCAUGAAUCCUCAAUAUAUGUCUGGUCUCCUGAGACUGUUUAAAAUAGACCAUUCAUAGGAAAACUAAAAGGUCAUCAAUAUCCAGUAGUAGAUGCAAAAUUUUUACCUAAAACGACAUUGCUGAUAAGUAUCGAUGAGAGGCUUAUGAUUAGAGUCUUUGAUGUCUACACUUUUGAAUGUAAGCAAACUAUAUUCCCUCAAAGUGAUAAAUUUGUCUGGUAUGGGAAAAGAUUUAUCUUCUUUGAUACAACUCUUCAAGAGUAAUAGCAGAGGAAAUUUUACAAAGACGAGAUUUAUCCAAUGAAAGUUUUGAUGAACAAAUAUCAUAUGUCAUUUUAUGUUGUAACAAAGUAUGAUGUGAGAGUGAUUGAUGCUAAGUCUGGCUUGCUUUUGAAAGUAUUAGAUUAGAUAGUGAAUCAUGACAGUGGAAUUGAGAUUGCUGAUUUUGAUUUCGAUCAUUCAUAUAGAAAGUUCUAUGUAGCUGAUACAGCUGGAAAUGUGAAAUGUUUUAAUUCUGGAAAUUGCUUGCUUUUGAAAGAGGAAUCAUUAAGAAAACCUUAUAUGGCAAAUGAUUAGAAAGCAUAAGACUAGGGUAUGCUUGAGUAUUAUAGAGGUUAAUCUAGUAAAAACGAGAUUAUUGAGAUACACUAUGAUAAAGUAAAGGAAGCCAAGCUGUUCUAUACAAUUGAUAGUGAGAACAACAUAAUCACAUAUGAUGAGGAUAGCAAUGAGAACUUCUAAUUUCUCAGAAUGGCCUACAAUAAUCCAUAAUAGGAAAUCUCUACUAUGACACUUAGUUCUUAUCAUGGUCUUAUAGCUACAGGAUGUGCUUCUGGAUUGAUUUGUGUAUUUUUAUUCCAUUAUUAACUAUUCACUACUUAGUUAUGGGAUUAUGAAUCAGCUAAGCUGGAGGCAGUCUUAAUGCAGCAUGAGAAAGAUAUCCUCACAUUAGUUUUCCCCUAACCAUAAUAUUGUCUGAUAUCAGCAUCAAAUGAUGGGGAAGUCUGUUUUUGGGGACUCAAGCAUAGCUAGAAAUACAAAUACUAGGUGUUUAAAAAAUUCUAAUACACUUAUUACCUAGACAAGACCAAUCUAUCAAGCACUGUUCUGGUAAAGAUUGACUAAUAGUCUAAGCUUAUAUUUGGAGAUGAAUAAGGAAACGUGCAAAAGAUAAAUAUAACUGAUAUUUUUCAAUAGCUAGAAAUGCCAGGAGAUGACAUGGACAAAUAUUUGGAAACUUGUUUAUCUAAAGUUCACAAUAGACCAAUAAGCUUUAUGAGGAAACUUGAUGACCUAGAUUGCAUUGUAACUGCUUCUAGUGAUGGAUACUUCAAAAUUCUUUCAACUAAGGAUCUGAGUUUUCUUUGCAUUGUAGACAUACAUAAUCUCAAGAAAAAGCCUAAAUAAUGGGAUCUGCCAAUUGAUUGGAUUAGCAGGAAAAAAGAGGAGCUGAUUAAAGUUAAGAAUGUUCUUGAAGAGAUUGAGCCUAAUGUUGAUCAAACAGAUCUGUUCAAUAAGAUGAUAAUUAAAAACAAAAUAGAUGUUCCAGUUAAAAGUAUCCAAGAUAAAAUAUUUGGAGGAGGUCUCGGAUCUUUCGGACUAUUUGAUAAAAUUAAAGAAAGUUUAUCUAAAAAAUCUCUGCUUAAAUAACUCAGAAGGAAAAUAAAUGCGAAUAUUUUCAACAUUGAUUAAAGUUCUUAAUAGCAUAGAGAAUUCGCAGAGGCUGAUGAUGAUAUAAUCAAUGAAGAUCAAGCUGAAUUUAAAAGAAAAAUUGAUGAGAUUUUCAAACAAGAUACACCAACUUACAGUGGCUUUGCCAAAGAGCUUCAAAAAAUGCUGAAUAAAUUAUACACAGACAAGACUGGUAUGUCAGGCUCAAAUGGAAAGUACUCAAAUAGAUCAGCUGAAUUGAAAAAGAGGUACAACUUACUAUCUCGAGCAAUGGGAUCAAGGCUUCAAAAUUAGAAAUAGGUCAGUGAGAUAAGCAAGGAUAAUUAGAGCAACAAGAAUGAUAAUUUCUUGGCAUAAAAUGAGUAGCAAUAUAAUAUGAAGAGUGAUAGGGGGAGAAAUAAUACUCAAAGAGGAAUCCCCUUAAAUAGUCAGUAAACAAUCUAGACUAUCAGCGGAAAUACUCUCAGUAUGUCAAAAGAAGCAUCUUAAAACACUAUAAAACAUAAGCGAGGAAUCUCGGAUUUUACCUAAGCGACAACAUACUUUUAAAAAUCAAAUAGUAAGAUUGAAAAUACUCUGUAGAAAACAUUAAGUACUAAUAGACAAGUCUCAAAUCAUAGCAAACUUCUUAAUUAAGAUAUUGAGGAAUCCAAUCAAGCUAAAACUCAUGUCUUUCUUCCAAGACUAUAGUCCUCACACAGCCAGGCUAUGCUAGGUAAGGACCUCAGCAGAAAGAAUCUAUAAUAAACUAUUUAGCCAAAGCAAAGAACAAGUAUCAUAAGUUACUAUAAUAACCUAGGAGAGUAGAAAUUCAAUGAAAAAAUAGGGCAAACUUCUCAGAUUCAAGAAGUUUAGUAAAAGCUUAGCUUUUCUCUUUCAAGGCCUAAGAUUGGUUAUCAUCAGGAGAUAUCUAUUUUGAACAAUAAUGCCAUGGACUAAAGUAUAAGUUCUCAAUAGUCUAGAUAGCAUUAUUCUAUUUUGAAACAAUCGACCCUUGCUCCAGAUAGGAAUAACCUAAAUUUAACUAGGAAUUUUUCAAGCUUUAUUGAUAACAAGGGUAUGAGUGUAUCUGAGCUGAAAAAUUCAACUAUAAUUGGCCAGAAUGAUAUGAGUAAAAAGAUGCUUGAAUUCUAGCAAGGAAAACUUAUGAGAAAGCUUAGUAGAAGUAAAUUCUUAAUGCGCAUGGCUCAAAAUAAUAAAACUAACGAGAUUUUAUGA